ACCAGUUCUAACAUCGUGGUUUAUACCUUACAGAGAAAUGUCCCGUUUAAUAGUGAAAAAUUUGCCAAAAAGUGUUACAGACAUUAAAUUGAAAGAAUUAUUCAGUCAAAAAGGUAUUGUGACUGAUGUCCAAUUGAAGUACACGAAAGAUGGCAAAUUUCGGCGAUUUGCAUUCAUUGGUUAUAAAUCAGAGGAACAAGCACAAUUGGCGCAGUCCUAUUUUAAUCAAACAUUCAUCGAUACUUCUAAAAUAUAUGUUGAGCAGUGUGCAAAUUUAGGUGAUCCUUCAAAGCCAAAAUCAUGGAGCAAAUAUGCAAGUGAUAGUUCUUACAAUAAUGUUAAUGAAGCAUCUAAUACAAAGUCAAAGGUAAAACCAAUAGAUUUGGCAGUAAAUACAGAAGAAGCUAAGAACAAGAGUGAUAAGAAAAAGAAAAAGAUAAAGGCAGAUAAAAAAGAAAAUAAUGAAGUUAAAAAAGCACUUGAAAAGUGUAAAGAUGAUCCUUUAUUUAUCGAAUUUUUUGAAACACAUACUGGUAAAGAUGCAAAAACAGUUUGGAAAAAUGAUAUUGAUGUACCACAAGAAGAAGUUGAAAAAUCUGAUGAUAAAUCUGAAGAUGAAGAACAUGAUGAGUCUGAAGAAAAGACAGAAAAAGUGACAUUCUCAAAUGGAAAAGACAUACCUGAUUGGUUAAGUCAGAGUAAGAUAAAAUCUCUGACAAAAGAUAUGUCAAAGCAUGGUCCAUUGACAUUAUUUACUGUAAAAAUACGAGGACUUGCAUAUAAACACAUGAAAAAACAUAUUAAACAAUUUCUUUCUCCUAUAAAACCAAAAUCUAUCAGAAUCCCACGUAAAAUUAAAGGUAUAGCUUAUGUUGGAUUUAAAACGGAGCAAGCCAUGAAGAAAGCUCUUAUAAAAAAUAAGAGUUUCUUAGAAGGGAAACAGAUAUUUGUAUCUAAAUAUGAGCAAAAAGAGGAAGUUGAAUUUAAUAAGGACUUGUGUAACAAGGCCAAUAUUAAAUGGAAGAAACAAGAAGAAGCUUUAAAAAAUGAGGAGAGUAUAGCAGAAUCUGGAAGAAUGUUUAUCAGAAAUUUGACGUAUACAACUACAGAGGAUGACAUCAGAAAACUAUUUGAAAAAUAUGGUCCUCUGUCUGAAGUAGAUUUACCUGUGGAUAAAAUGACUAGGAAACCAAAAGGAUUUGGCACAAUAACGUUUCUGAUGCCAGAACAUGCUGUAAAAGCUUACAGUGAAUUGGACGGUUCUAUAUUGGAUGGUAGAAUGUUACAUAUUCUUCCUGGAAAAACAAAAACUUCCUUAGAUGACAUUGAUACUGAAAAUUUAACUUAUAAACAAAAGAAAGAACUACAGACUAAAGCAACUGCGGGUUCAUCGCAUAACUGGAAUACACUAUUUCUUGGACAGAACGCUGUGGCGAAUGCUAUCGCGAGUCAUUAUAACACAACGAAAGAGAAAUUGUUGGAAGAUGGAUCGAAUGGAAUGAGCGCCGCAGUCAAACUAGCAUUGGGGGAAACACAAAUGGUUCAAGAUACAAAAACUUUUUUGGAAGAAAACGGCGUAUGCUUGGACGCUUUUAAUCAAGCACCAAAAAAGAGAUCAGGUACCAUAAUCUUGGCGAAGAAUUUACCAGCUGAAACAAAACUGAAUGAAUUACAAGAAAUGUUUGCUAAAUAUGGAGACCUUGCGCGUAUUGUAUUGCCACCAGUGGGCAUAACAGCGCUAGUUGAAUUUUUGGAGCCAUCCGAAGCACGCAAGGCUUUCCGUGCAUUAGCUUAUACAAAAUAUAAACAUCUGCCAUUGUAUCUAGAGUGGGCGCCAGAUAACAGUUUUAUCAUGCCUGCAUCUAAAACUGAGACAAUUGAAAGUAAUGUGACUGCAAAAAAACCAGCAGAUUUAAAAGAAGUUAAAGAUAAAGUAACAGUAAAAGAAUCUAAAGAAAAUAAGAAUAAUACACAUAAAGAAGAAGAUAACGAGCCGCCCGAAUCAGAUACAACACUUUUUGUAAAAAAUAUUAAUUUCUCAACUACGGAAAAAGAAUUAAAAGAUUACUUUAGUAAAUGUGGUCCUCUUCAUUACGUUACAAUAACUACUAAAAUGGAUCCAGAAAAUCCUGCUAGAAAAUUAUCUAUGGGAUACGGAUUUAUAAGAUAUAAAAGAAAAUUUGAUGCAGAUCGUGCGUUAAAAACGUUGCAGAUGUCAGUACUGGAUGGGAAGAGUUUAGAACUGAAACGAUCUGAAAGGACACUAAUAUCUGAUGUCAAAACAGCAAGAAAGAAGUCUAAUAUCACCGAACAGAUUGGUGCUAAAAUUUUAGUACGAAAUAUACCCUUCCAAGCAACUAUCCAGGAAGUGACGGAAUUGUUCAAAUCAUAUGGCGAGUUGAAGGCCGUACGACUACCAAAAAAACUGAUCGGCAUUGAAAAGCAUAGAGGAUUCGCUUUUAUCGAGUAUUAUACUAAGUCAGAUGCAAAGAAAGCAUUUAAAGCGCUAUGUCAAAGUACUCAUUUGUAUGGUCGGAGAUUAGUUCUUGAAUGGGCACAGACGGAAGAAGGUAUUGAUGAAAUUAGAAAACGUACUGCGAAACAUUUCUAUCAAGAAAAUUCUACAAAACAAUUUAAGAAAUCCAAGUUAGAUCCUGAAAGUGUUGGUCCUGAAUUAAAUACGAUUCAAGAAACAUAAUUUACAAAUUAUUUGAUAAAAAAAGUUCGAAAAUUAUUACA